UGACAAACAUUUGACUUUUAUAAACGUCUGUUUACAAAAUAUCUUAUUUUUGAAAUUUGAAAUGAGUAAAAAUUUCAAGGAAUAAAAACACAAAGAUUUAUUCAACAGAAUAGAAUGAUAUUUUACCAGGUAAAUAGACUCUUUUACAAGCCCUAUGCAAUCAAUAAAUUGCUUCGCUACGUGCAUAACGAAACAUCAGUUUCUUCGAAUGUGUUAUAUCCUCUUCGAAGUCGUGGUUUGCUGAAAGUAGCGGGUGAAGAUGCCUCGGUAUUCCUGCAAGGACUCGUCACGAACGAUAUGAAGCAUUUAGAGGAGGGCGCCAGGUCCAUGUACGCUAUGUUCCUCAACAACAAAGGUAGAGUCCUAUAUGACACAAUCAUAUACAAAUGGGACAAAGAAGACUCCUUUUUGAUAGAAUGCGAUAGACAACUAAUCAGCGUACUACAAAGACAUCUUAAAAUUUACAAAUUGAAAAGGAAAGUGGACAUUAAAGAUGUUAAUAAGGAUUAUUCAUUGUUCGCUUUGACUUCUCUAAAUGCACCAAAUAUAUCUUACGUCUUAUCUUUAAUGCCUGAUCAUUUUAAACCUGUAACUGACAGUAAAAUAAAUGUUUACAAAGAUCCUCGCCUCACUGAGCUAGGAUACAGAGUAAUAUCCUACAUAGAUGUUAAAGAUUCAGAGGUAGCUCAAACUGUUGGCAAAGAUAUUGUGUCAGAGAGAAAUGAAGAUGGUUACAAGUACUUGAGGUAUAAGCUAGGAGUCAGCGAAGGUGCAGAGGAUUUGCCACCAGGCACAAGUUUUCCACUAGAGGCUAACUGUGACUACCUUCACGGAGUGAGCUUCCAUAAAGGCUGUUACAUAGGCCAGGAGCUCACAGCCAGAGUUCAUCACACUGGAGUUAUUCGUAAACGGAUAAUGCCUCUUAAAUUCAAUGAAACUAUAUCAAAGAGCAUAGAAAGGGAUUCUGUAAUCACAGCUAGCAAUAAUCCUAAGAGCAAUUUGGGGAAAUUAAAAGGUGUUGUUAACAAUUAUGGAUUAGGGCUAAUAAGAAUUAAAGAGGCUCUGGAUGCAAAAAUUUUAAGUGUUGGCAACUAUUCAGCUGAGGCUGUAAAACCUGCUUGGUGGCCAGUUGAAGCUCCAAAGGAGCUCCCUAAAACUGAAUAAUCAAUAUUUUCUUGUUAUUAAGAAUGAAAAUUUCUAUUAGAAGCAUGUAUAUAUUUAUGUGGCCUUGUAACUUGUAAAUAUAUCAUUAAAAUAACAUAUUGUAAUUG